GUGUGGCUGAAGGGUGUUUUGCAUUCAAAGACCAUUAAAUGCUCCGAAGUGGAGGGUUAGGAGGGGAGCAGUGCGCAUGUUCAGUACUCCAGAGUUGUGCUGUUUUUUCCCCCUACUAUGCAUUCCUGCGGCUCCGUAGUAAAGCAGCCUCUCAUUGUUAGUACCCUUGGAGCAAUUAAUGCAUAUGUAGUUCGUGAAAUCAUUGGGCUGCUGCAGACAUGAUGUGUACUAAUAUGGUUUGUAGUCCUCGUCAGAAGUUUUUUUUUGGACGUGCCGCUCGGCUACGAGGAGCGCACACAAAGGGAGCUGAGCCACAAAGGCGAAGUUUAAAGAGCUACAGGCUCAGGGUGGUGCUGAGGAGCGCAGCGUCCCGCGGGAGCGGAGCGGGGCUUGAUCCCAGCUCAGCCCCCUGCGCCCAGAGACAGCGGCAGCGCUGGCUUUUAAAUGUUUCUUAGGUGUAGUUGCAAUAUCAGGCAGUGAAACGGAGGAUGAUGACACUAUGGAUGUCCCACUGGAUCUUUCCUCAUCUGCUGGCUCAGGCAAGCGACGGAGACGUGGCAACCUGCCCAAGGAGUCUGUGCAGAUUCUUCGGGACUGGCUCUAUGAGCACCGAUACAAUGCUUAUCCUUCAGAGCAAGAAAAAGCGCUGUUAUCCCGACAAACACACCUUUCCACACUACAGGUCUGCAACUGGUUUAUCAAUGCACGCCGCAGGCUGUUACCUGACAUGCUGAGGAAGGAUGGCAAAGACCCAAAUCAGUUCACUAUCUCACGGCGAGGGACCAAGCUCCCCGAGGGCGGCCUGGUGGAGUCUGCCAUCAGCACAAAGAACUACAUUCCCCUGCUGGAUGAGACUGCCUUCCUUCCCGCUGCUGCGCCGCUCGGCAAAACUGUGUCCUCUUCCAAGCCGGCUUCCCCGGGAUCAGUCCUGGCUCGGCCAUCGGUGAUUUGCCACACGACUGUGACUGCGUUGAAAGAUGCCCCUUUCCACUUUUGCCAGCCAGCUGAUGUAGGCCAGACCACGGACCUGCAGCAGCCCCCGGCUGGCGGCUUCACAGAUAGCCCCCUCUCGUGCCACGAGGACGCAUCCAAACUGGGACCUGGUGCAAACACACAGAGUGGGCUCUUCAACACUCCUCCUCCAACACCACCAGACCUUAACCAGGAUUUUAGUGGAUUUCAGCUUCUGGUGGAUGUUGCACUCAAAAGGGCGGCAGAGAUGGAGUUGCAGGCAAAACUUAUGGCCUAAAUCCCCUUCCUUCUCUUUCCCCGUUUUGUUUUACCAGGCAGGGAUCUAACAGCUGUGUGGUUAUUGCCACCCACACGAUAUCAAAAGACUUCACUGCGUUAUUAUUAUUUUUUUUAUUAAUCUUAUUUGCACAAGGGGAUUGCUGAAAUGAAGCUUCCUGUCACUGAGAUGGUCUUCAGUGGAAUACGGUCAUUCCAAGAAUUACGAACUUAAAGCUACUGUAGAAAGAAAGGAUUGUGUGUUUCGUUGGGAUUUUUUUUAAUGUUUUCUUUGUAGAUUUUUCAUAAUGUGAGAUGUUUCCCAAGAUCAUGUGAUUUGUUUUGUUUCUUUCAGACUGUGCAAUAUCUAGUAAUGAUAUAGAGUCUUCUUAUCAUUCCCAUGUGGAACGGAAUAUACCGACACGCUGUCAAAAUUUUCAAUUUUUUUUAACAAUACAAACUUUGGAUGAUCAUGCUUUUUUCCCAUAAUAUAAUAAAGUAUUUUCUUUAAAAGUGAUGCAUACAGAGUAUUUUGUUGAAUACAAGCUUUGCAGAAAACAGGAAUUACCCUUGAAACAAAUGGAAGUGAGAAAUAUUUUUGAGCUCAUACUGAUUUUGUUUGGUUCAGAGGGCCAUAAACCAGACUAGCAGUUGUUGUUUAAAAGAAUGCUGAAAAGUGGGCCAGAAGUACCUGAUUGUGUUCUGCUAUGUUGAAAUUUUUUAAGAGGCCAAAGGGAGCUAUGUAGGCAAUUCUGACUAAAUUUCAGAGGGAAACCUUAGGCCCCUCUAAGAGUUCCAGCUCUUGGCUCCUUGAAAUGCUUUAGGGCUGGGAAAUGUGAUGGCCCAUGGGGAAGAUCUGAAGAUAAAAGGAAGAGGCCAGAAGAGGGGCUGGGACAAGUACAAGUGUUCUUUGCAGAUCUUUGUGAUGCAGCUCCUAGACAUGACUGGUGACAAAUUUUGAUAGGGGAGGGCAAGGGCUUCUAACCUUACUUGGACUAGCAAUGAGAAGGUUUUUACUCAGUAAUUCUAGUAGACUGAAAUGAAGUAGGCUGUAUUGCAUUGAAAUUUGAGUUCUGGGAGCCAGGUCUUUGUGAGGUACUUUAACAGGUGGUUGGCUAAGAUUUAGAAGAGAUCCCUGUUGUAUUGGGGUGUAUUUUUGUCCACAGAAUCUAAGUUACGUUUCAGAAAAGGACUUUGCUAUCAAAAUGACUUAUUACUGAAAAUGGUGAAGACUUGAAACUCACAUUUCAACUUACUUGAAUGUCAGUCGCCCCCACCCUUCUCCUUCCAACAACAAUGAAAUAAGAGAUCUCCAGGGUAAAAAAAUUGGUUCUGGCUAAUCUUUAAAAACAAACCAGUUGUCUGUUUGGGAGGCUGGGGGAGGGCUUUGAGGAGUAGGAGAGUUGGUGAAUUUAAGGAUAUCAUUAUGAGUAGAAAGAAGACUACAAUAUUCUGACUGCUAUACUGUUUUGCUGUGGCCUUUAUA